UCCGGAAGAACGGAAACCGUCAACGCUGAAGCCAGCCAUGACAACGUACUGCCGGAGCUUCAAUAGAGAAAGGAAUGCCAGGGGCUGCGGCAACGUAGCCUGCAGAGCUGAUCUGGGAUAUGGCUGUAGAGUCUCAUCCGGUCUGGUCUCUUCUCUUCUCAGGUUUUUGUCUCUUCGCCUUGAUCUUUACCCAGGCCUGGUGUUGCGAAGGAGAGUUUAGCCCUGGACAAUCAGCGUGUUCUCUGCGUGUCGGGGCUGCAGCCGAACAAAGGAGGUACUUGUUAUAUGAUGUGAAUCCACCAGAAGGUUUCAAUUUGCGCAGAGAUGUAUAUAUCCGCAUGGCCUCCCUUCUUAAAACCUUACUCAAGCAUUCAAACUGGGUGCUAGUACUUCCUCCCUGGGGUCGCCUGUAUCAUUGGCAGAGCCCUAACAUCCACCAGGUUCGCAUACCUUGGGCUGAAUUCUUUGAUCUUGAAUGUCUAAACCAAAACAUCCCUGUCAUUGAGUAUGAAGAUUUCAUAGCAGAAUCUGGAGGACCAUUUGUUGAACAGAUUUACAUUUUGCAAGGCUAUGCAGAAGGCUGGAAGGAAGGCACAUGGGAGGAGAAAGUGGAUCCGAGGCCAUGUAUUGACGAGCUCAUGUACUCUGUGGACAAAAAUGGAUACUACAGAGGAUGGUUUUGGGGCUAUGAAGAGACCAGAGGCUUAAAUGUCACCUGCCUCUCAGUACAGGGCUCAGCUUCCAUUAUUGCAAAUGUGCUCUUAAACAAUACUACAGCAAGGUCUGUUAUGAUAGACAGGGCAGAGAACUUGCUACAUGAUCAUUAUGGAGGCAAAGAUUAUUGGAAUACACGACGCAGCAUGGUGUUUGCUCAACGCUUGCGGACAGUGGGAGAUGUAUUCCGUGCCAGUGUUCUCCAUUCUAAUGACGAAGCAGACAAGACCAUAUUCAAUGAGGACUGGACAAAUGUGAAGGCAAAACCAAGAGCAUUAGGGGGACCUUACCUUGGCGUCCAUCUUAGGAGGAAAGAUUUUAUUUGGGGUCACAGAGGAGAUAUACCAAGCCUUCAGAGGACAGCAGAGGAAAUCCACAGACUGUUGAAGAAAUUAAAACUUAAGCAAGUCUUUGUUGCCACAGAUGCCGACCAAGAUGACCUAGAAAAGUUGAGACAGUUGAUCCCUGAAAUGGUGAGAUUUGAGCCUACAUGGGAAGAACUGGAGAUCUACAAGGAUGGUGGGAUUGCCAUUAUAGACCAAUGGAUCUGUGCGCAUGCCAGGUAUUUCAUUGGCACUUCGGUCUCCACAUUCUCAUUUCGCAUUCAUGAAGAAAGAGAAAUUUUGGGCUUUGACCCAAAGACUACUUACAAUCGCUUCUGUGGAGACAAGGAAAAAAACUGUGAGCAGCCUACCCAUUGGAAAAUCAUCUACUGAAUUGGAAGAAGCACCCCACAAUCACAAUUUUCACCCAACUAUCCAACUAGGGCUGCUGUUAUGUGGCAUGUCACAGGCUUUACCACGUGAAUAAAGCUGGCCUUUUCCAGUGUCUUACUGCCUAAUGAAAAGCUGCAGCAAAAGAAAGCAAGCAAAAAUGGAUUAUCUUAGAUAAUCGCUACAUGAACAUGCUAGCGGAAUAAUUUUGACGCUAGCCUAGAGUUUGUUAGCGAUUAAGAUUUCAGCCUGUUAGACUUAAUUGCUAUUAAAAUGUUUUAUUAUGUUUAACAGAGAACCAGCCCAGUGCUUUACUGUAACUAAACCUUAUGCAUGUGGGACUGGUUGGGGCAUUAUUUUAAAAAGCAGAUUUAAUUAAAAUUUAACUGUACAUAGAAACUGACUUGUCUACACUUACCCUUGUUUUUUUAAGUUACAAAUGCCACCAGCACUCAUAGAGCUAGUAAUAAAAAUAAAUUACGACUGGAAA